AUGCCCAGCCAUGUGGUGGCCCUUCCACGGUGGUUUUUGGUGCUUCGCAUCUUUCAAAUACUGGUAGCUGUCGCUAUCCUCGGACUGGCUGCCCAUGGCAUUUACUGGAUUCCAUACAAUUCCUGGAUUCUGGCCCUUUUCACGAGCAUCGCAACCCUCAUUGUCGUCGGCUACUUUCUCAUCACUUCUCUGGCCGAAGCGUGCAAGAUCGCCUACAACUACUGGGCAGUUCUCGCUCUCGAUAUAUUUGCCAUCAUCUUUUGGCUCUCUUCAAUGGCAAACCUGGCCGCCACACGCAGUGCAUUUGUUUAUAGUGUCUACAAUACCUGCCUGUUCGACUACUACUACUGCUACAAGAAGCGUGAUAUCGGCUUGGCUGAGCGUGAUAUCGCCACCACUGGAUACCUGGACACGAUGAGUGCCGCAGCCGGUCUAUCAGGCCUUGAAUUGCUUCUUUUCAUUGCUACCCUUGUCAUCUUCUCAGUGCAGAUGCACCGACACCGGAUUUCUGGCGCUCCUAACGAACCUUCUCCCAGCCAAAUGGAGGCGAAUUCAAUGAGCACAAUGCCCGCUGUGGGAAGCCAACAGCAGCAGCAGAAUUCGAAGCACACGCAAUCGAGCAACCAAUACGAGGUAUCUCCCGCUUAG